AUGGAAAUUACGGAGGUUGAAUUAAGUACAAAUGAAGUGACUGAAGGAAUUAAACAAGCGGACAAACAAUUUCAAACUGGGCAAGAAAAAAUCUUUUCUGUGCUAGAAACUGUAAAGACAGAAGAUAAUGAUAAAUGGAAGGCAGAAGAUAAAGAAUUAAGUACAGGGGAAAAGAACGGUGUUAAACCACAAAAUAGUACAAUAAAGAAUAAACUGGCAGAGCAGUCGGGAGAACUAGAAUCCAGUUCUUCUAGCAAACGAAUGAAAUAUCCAGAAACUUUAGAGAGUUUCAUGGCCAAUCUUGUAGAGUCUAAGAGGCCCGUGAAGGCAAUUUUAAGUGAUGAUUAUUAUAGGCCAAUGUCUUUUACGAAAGUAUAUGUUGGACAGGUAAAGAAUGUAAAAGAUUUAUCAAAAAUAAUUUUAUUAUUAAACCAAAAACUUCCUCUAAAAGAUCUUAGCCACUUAAAGAGAGCAUGCAGAAAAGAGAUUAUAUUAUUUCCUAUAAAUCAUUUAAACUGUCAAACGCAUGCAUCAAUACAAUAUUAUAUUGAAGAACACAUAAAUGAAUUGAGAGACUCAUUUGAAUAUUUCAAAAUAAUAGAUGUACCAGCAGUAGCUCCUAAAAUCAGGAAACAGUAUGUGGAAUGUGGACGUUCUUGGUCAUGCAAUUUUCACCCUAAUAAAUACUUAGAAAAGUUAUAUGCAGAUGAAUUAUUUUCCCCAACAGAAAUUGUACAACAUAGGCUAUUCAUGGGUAUGGCUUUUGAAAUCGCAAUAUAUUAUAUGAAGAAGGACAAACCGACAUUAGAACCAUAUGACAUUUUGAAUGCAAACGUGAAUGCAACUGUUGUCGUUGAUCCAUUAGAUCAGUCUGUUGUUGCUGUUGCAUUUGAUAACAGAGAGAAUCAUCCUGUCCAGCAUUCAUGUAUGUUGGCAAUAGACAAUGUAGCAAAAACACAAACUGGUGGUGCGUGGGAUACAUGUGACAUUGACAGUGUGAACUUACGAGGCAUGUGCUCUAUGGAUUUGCUGUUGCAUUUAAAGCACAAGUAUCCCAAUAUAAGGAUUGGAGCAAAAAAGUAUAUUUCCAAAAGUAAUUUAGAUGAAAAAAAAUUAAGUGCAUCUGACAGUCCGUAUUUGUGUACUGGAUUUUAUAUUUAUAUGAUAAGAGAACCGUGUGUUAUGUGUGCGAUGGGGUUAGUGCAUGCAAGGAUUAAAAGAGUCUUUUUCUCUAUGAAGAAUUCUAUGGGUGCAUUAACUUCAUUAACUAAGCUACAGUGUGCGCCCUCAUUGAACCAUCAUUUUGAAGUGUUUACAGACUUUUUUUAG